AUGCCGAGUUUCGUUGUCAACCACCAGCUCGUGUCGCUGGACAUUGACUUUGACCGGCGCGUAAUAAAGGGACUGACAGAGCUCACGAUUGAGCCCAAAACGCAGGACAUCACGGCAAUUCGGUUGCACUGUGAGCGGCCAGUUGUGAGGAAGGUCACCAUCAACGGCGUUGCCUGCGCAUAUAAGCGUACAGUGCCAGCAACACGACAGCAGCUACUAAAGAAAGCUCUGGAGAUCCAGAUACCUCCCGAGGUGCGGAUUGAGGCAGCAGCUAGCACUAACAGCGGCGAGACAGAAGGAGAGCUGGUGUUCGAAACACUGAGACUGAAGAUCGAGUUUUACCUGGUCAACCCGUCGAGCGGUAUAGUGUUCAGCGCCUCUGAUACUGAUGAAAACCUGGUAACGGUUCACACCGAGACGCAGACCUACCCGAGUUUUACACGUGCCUGGCUGCCCUGCCUUGAUAGUGUGCAUGCACGCUGCACCUGGGAUAUGUUCUUCAGCGUGCCAGCGUGUCUUGGCGAUCUUGAAGAUGAUCCAUCAAAGCUGCUGCCGCUGACGGUCGUGGCCAGCGGAGAGCUGAGCUCGCUGGUGGUGCACCCACGCGAUCCGACUAAGCGCCUAAUGGGGCCUGCAGGUGAGCAGCAGGCAGCCAAGACCAGCCACAACUCAAAGCUCAAGAGGUCUACAGUCGAUGCAAUCGGCGGGGUGUUUGCGUUCACGUAUCCUGGAUUGCAGACGGAGCUCGAGACCACGUGCAGUUUCAUCCCGGAGGCGCUAGCUUUCCACUCGCAAGAAUUUGGCUCAUACCCGUACACUACGUACAAGAUCGUGUUCAUGGAUGGGCUACGGGAGCCCAUCAUCACGUGUGCGUCGCUGACAAUUCAGGUGUAUGAGACACGGCGGUGUCUGGGACUGGCAAUCGCGCAGCAGUGGUUUGGGACGUAUAUCACGCCAGACGAGUGGAGCGACAUGUGGCUGGUGGUUGGGCUGGCAGGAUUUGCUGCUGGCCUGUUUGUCAAGCACAACCUGGGCAACAACGAGUACCGGUAUCGCCUGAAGCGCGACAUGUCGCGGUUAUGCCACGCAGAUGUCAACCAGCGGCCGAUCAGCUACGAUGGCCAGCCGCCUUUUAUGCAGCUCAAGGCCCCGAUUGUGCUUUACAUGCUUGAUAAGCGCAUGAUGAAGGGUGGAAUGUCUUUGGGACUGCACCGCAUUUCGGUGAUCUGGACGCGAUCGAAUGCGAUUCGCACCGGGUGGUUUUUGAAGAUGUGCCGCAAGGUCAGUGGAGUCGAUCUCAAGACAUUUGCUGAGCAGUGGAUCCAGGGUACUGGGUGCCCAGUAUUUCACUUCAGCUAUGCAUUCAACCGCAAGAAGCUGGUGGUCGAGAUCACCAUGCACCAGGAGUCGACCAACUCGAAGGCCACAGGCGCCAUGACAGCGCGUAUUCGUGAGGCCGAUGGAACGCCCUACGAGCACGUUCUGGAUAUCCGAGAGUCGUGCAAAAAGUUCGAGGUGCAGUUUAACACAAAGUACAAGCGAAUCCGACGCAGCACCAAGCGGUUCCACAUGCGGCAAAUGGCGGCGGCGGCCGAGGAGCUUAGCGUCAACGCGGAUGUCCUGGGCAUCGAGGAUGACGACGAGACAUACAGCAAUAUUGCGUUGUUUGGUGCUGAGAACGAGCAGGAGAAGCGCAACUGGCGCGUGGUUGAGUGGGGCGAGGACGACGAGGAGAGCCUGGCCAGUGCGACAUUCGAGUGGAUCCGGAUGGAUUCGGAUCUGGAGUGGGCAUGUGUGAUUCACUUUGAGCAGCCAGACUUUAUGUGGGCGGCGCAGCUGCAGAAGGAUCGCGAUGUGGUUGCGCAGCUCGAGGCCGUCGACGCCUUGCGGCUGCUGCCAUCCUCAGCGGCAUCGACCACAUUGAUGCGCACGGUGAUGGACGGCCGAGUGUUCUACCGGGUGCGGGUCGAUGCUGCCAUGGCGCUGGAGCGGUUUGCUAAAGAGAGCCUGGACUGGAUCGGGUUGCACCACCUGAUCAAAAUCUACAAAAACCGGUACUGCAUGCCGCCAGCUGCUGACGAAGCCAGUGACGAAGGUGAUAGCGAGGACAUCUCGGUGCCACGGCUACCCAAGCCCAAUAACUUUGCCAACAUUGGCGAAUACUUCACGCAGAAGGCGCUACUGGCGGCUCUGUCCAACAUCCGCAAUCGCAACAACGAAGCGCCGGCGGCAGCACGUACUCUGAUGAUCGGUGCGCUGCGGUACAACGACAACAGCGAGAACAUGUACUCGGACUGCUACUAUCUGGCAGAUCUUGUGCGGGCGCUGUCUAACGGGAUCAUUGCCAGCGACCGGUUCUCGCAAAAGUACGCGCUGGGCAGCGAUCCACAGGCCGAGGACGGGAUUCUCAAUGAGGUUGAGCGCCUGCGCAAGCUCGACAUGCUGUGGGCGCCAUGGACUAUUCUGCUGCGGCUGUCGCUGGUGCAGGCGCAGGAGCACCUGUUCAACACAGCCAUCUACGUGACUGUGCGUGAGGUGGCUGUGGGUGGGCUGCUGCUGCACUGGGGCAUGGGCGACCCGGUGUUUAACCGGUACUUCAUGAUGCUGGCAACCGAUUCGGAUGCACCGCGCUUGGCAACAACUGUCAACCGCUACAUGAUGGAGAUGCUGAUGACACGGUCGAUGAUGUACGGCCAGCAGCACAACAGCCUUCUGUUCCUGGAACAGGAGGGCAGCGGUGCAACAGAGUAUAUCGACACAGACGCGCGGUUAGUUGGCGGCCUCGAGUCGUUUAUAGAGACGGUGGAGGACUCGCCCCAGCUGCAGACCAUUCUGUCGUCAGCCAUGUAUGACUCGACGCUGGCAGCGCCGGCACGCACCCUGCUCGGGUACUUCCACAUGCUGCUCUACCAAACCUUUGACUCGUCGGCACCACCACCAGUCUCUGCUGCGCCCAAGAAGCUGAAGAUCAAGCUGGGCAGCAAGCGCAAGGGCGGGGUGGCGCGUGAGUCGCACUCAGUCAACCGCUCGAAUGCAUCCAGCGACAGCGAAGAUGUGCCGCUGAUGUCGCUGAGCCAUGCGACAAGUCGCUACCCGCCAGCUGUGUCUGGCGGCCUGACAGUCAACGAGGAUCCGUAUUCGGCAGAUGUGGUGCCUGGCGAGUUUGGCAGCCCGCCAAGUACACUGUUCUCGGCGCAUGGAGAUGAGUGGACGGAAAAUAGAAAGAAGAAGCGCAAGCACCACCACAACAGGGACUCAUCUACAGAUGGAUUGCCCGCACAGCCGCUGUCUCCAGGAUACUCAGCAUUACCUGCCAUUGCAGGUACCCGGCCGCCACCGAUCUUUGUACCGCCAGCUCCCGAGCGACCGGCAGUGCCAGCUGCCCAGACACCGUUGACAGGUGAUAUCAAGCCAUUGACAGUCAGCGACGACAGACUCAAACUGAAGCUCAAACUGAAAACCUCAAAGUCCAAACCGCAGCCAGCAGCACCAGCCUCGCGCGGAUCUCCCACCCACCGGUCACCGUACGGCCAUCAUGCUACGCCUGCGUUUUCGCCGAGCAUGUCACCGCCACAGUAUCACUCGACCGCACCACGGGUCUCGUCGCCACUGGCCGAAGAGUCACGCCGAACAGCCUGGUCGCCCGUAUACACGCUGCGUAUUCGCCAGUCGAGCCUGACUACUCGGCAGCACCACCAGGACACAUACUACCCAGUGAAUGAUCCGGUGGUCGCGCCGCCCGAGACAGUCAAGCGCAAGAAGCGCAGGAUUGAGUCUGGGUCGUUUGCGAACCCGUCAACGUCUGCAGCUCUAGACUCGUCGCAGGCCAAGCUGCUGCUGCGUGUAUGGCGGAAGGUCAGUCGGCACGCCUCUGCAUUCCCGUUCAUGCGUCCAGUGGACACAGUCCUGGAUGGCUGUCCAACGUACUACGAUGUGAUCAAGAAUCCAAUGGACUUGCGGACAGUGCGGGAGAAGCUGGAUGCAAGCCGAUACACAUCGAUGGAUGCCUUUGCUGCAGACAUGCGCCUGAUGCUCGCCAACUGCUUUGCCUUCAACCCGGCUGGCACGCCUGUGCACACGAAUGGGCAAGGAGGCGACGACCGCAGCCCUGCUGAGCGCAAAGCCAGCACGGACCCAGUGGAAAGCAGAAGCGGCAAGGCAGACCUGGAGAUGGAGAAUGCGCUGCCCGGAAGCAGCCAUAUUGCGGCGACCAUCAAGAACAUCAAGAUCCCGCGCACAAAGCAGACGAGCAAGCCGGUGUCCACAGAAUCGAGCCCGGGCAGCAACCAUCUAAAGCUCAAGGUCAGCAAGGGCCAUUCGGCAUCGCCCAAACAUGCCGGCACCUCAAGUGGACAGCAGUCCGCGUCGCCCAGCAGGCAGGGGCCAGCCGAGUCGCUGGUCUCCCUGGACGACCCAGACACAAUAAUGCGGUACCUUGACCAGGCUGCCGGUCCGACUCGUGGUCCGCCGGUAUCACAAGACGCCAUGCGUGUGUGCGCACGCGUGCUCCUGCGGCUGCAGGCGUUGCCGGCGGCGAUGGAGUUUAUGGCGCCCGUGGACCCAGUCAAGCAGAACGUGCCAACCUACUUUGACAUCAUCAAGAAGCCCAUGGACCUGGGCACUAUCCGCAAGAAGCUGGACCGCCAGAAGUAUCGCACUGCCGAGGAGUUCCGUGACGAUGUCCAGCUGGUGCUGCACAACUGCUUCUUGUACCUGGUGCCCACGCCGCUGCCUGAGGACCCGCCGAUGAGCGACCGGGAACAUGCACGGGCACGCACAAUGCUGACCAAGCUGAAGCAGGGCGAGCACGCGUGGCCAUUCUUGAAGCCUGUAGAUCCGAUUGCUCUGGGCGUGCCGACGUACUUUGCCAUUGUCAAGAACCCGAUGGACUUUUCGACGAUUCAGCGCAAGCUGACCAAGAAGGUGUACCGGUAUGUCGCUGACUUUGUGUGCGACCUACGGCUCCUGCUUGACGACUGCUUCCUGUUUAAUCUCGCAGAGACACCGGUCAACGAAGCCGGCAAGGCGGUUGAGAGAGCUGCCAGGGCCAUGCUCGAGGGUGAGGGAUGGGCACGCUGGUUCUAG